AUGAGCAGGGUGGAAGAAGAUACUACGAUCCACGGCGUUAAACAGGAUAUUCUGAUGUUUCCUGUGGAACGAGCAAGACUGCAGAUUUGCUUACCUAUGGCGAUCCUCGCGGCAGCCUGCAUUGCACUGUACGGGGCACUGAUUGCUCACAAAUACCCCCUGUGGGUUUCAUUGCUUAUGGUAUUUACUAUCUGUUUCUGUAUCACAGCUGCUUACAAUGUCAUGAAUAUACUUAUCGUGGACUUGUACUGCUCCACCCCGGCGACCGCAAUGGCAGCGAAUAACCUUGUUCGCUGCUCACUGGGCGCCGGCGCGGCUGCUGUCGUUAACCCUUUGAUUAACAAAGUUGGUGUGCAGUGGACUUAUGGAAUUGUCGCGGGCAAUUUACUAGCCGUUACCCCGUUACUCAUGCUCGUAUAUGCUAAGGGCUGGAGCUGGCGUCGAGUGCAAGCAGGGAUGCAGAUCUGA